AUGACAGUAAGAAAAGCCAGAACUGCUUCAUUCUUUAUUGAUAUUGAGAAGAAUGGAUUUCUAGAUGACGAUGAUGUUGCUUACAAACAACAACUAGAGAAACAAUUACAAUUACAUCAACAACGUGGCGGUAACGGUAAUAGGAAAGGAAGAAGAGGAGAAUCUGUUACCCUUACCAUACUUGUGUUGUGUAUAUUAUCAUUAACAUAUUUUAUUUAUGGUUAUGGAUCCACUAUAUUAAUGAAUAAUAAUUUACAAUUGGAUAAAUCAAUUUUACUUUCUUCAGGUUUAGGAUCACCAGAGAUCUCUAUAUUGACUCAAGAAUUAAUUAACAAUUACGAUGAAAUGAAUAAUGGUGGUAUUGGAUUAAUGAUAUCUGACGAAUUAAAAGAAGAAUUAAAACAGCAACAACAAUAUUAUUCUCAACCAAAAGUAGCCAAUGUAUUACUGUCAGGAGGAGAUGGUAAUGCCAAACAAGAAAACCAAGGAUAUCCAACUACUAAUAACAACGAUAUUGAUAAUGAAGAUGAGGAUUACACCAGAAAGACGCUUAUGAACAACAACGAAGCAAAUAAUAAUGUGAACAACAACUACAAAGAUGACAACAACAAUAGUAAUAAUAAUGCAGAUGAUAAUGAUACCCAGAAUGCAAACUAUAAUGCUGUUGAAACCAUUCAAGCUAACCUUAAAGAAAUGUUUGCCAUUAGUCCUAUGGUGGUAAUUUCGCAAACUAAUCAAAUUGAUGAAUUACAAACCAUUCUUACAAAAUUAAAUAUUAAUCCUCAACCGAAAUUUAUUAAUUUAUCUAAACAUCCUAAUUAUUUAAAUAUUAAACAAUAUUUGAAAAAAAUUUAUAAUAUUGAUGAAGAUGAUCAUAUUCCUAGAGUAUUUUUAGCUGGAAUACCUAUUGGAGAUAGUGAUAAAAUCAUUGAAAUGUAUAAAGAGAAUCAAUUGAUUAGUCAUUUAAGAGAAAAAGGUCAAGGAUUAAUAAAUGUUUAA